AGCUCAGCAGGAUACAAUAGAUUGUGGUUAAAGGACCUGUGAGGAUGGUCAUGUGAGAAAAGUGGGCGGAGCUUCAUCGUGCAAAGGAGACGUUGUGGUUCCUAUAAGGUGUCAGGAUGUGGCGGUCUAUUUCUCCAUGGAGGAGUGGGAGUAUGUAGAAGGACACAAGGAUCUGUACCAGGACAUAGUCAUGAUGGAGGAUCACCGGCCCCUCACAUCACAAGAUGGAGUCAUUGAUAGAAAUCCACCCGAGAGGUGUCCCCGUCCUCUGUAUUCCCAGGACUGUCCAGAGGGAAAUGUCCCAGAGAAGCAUCAGGUAGAUGAGGCUGAUCCUAUAUCACAUCUCUAUAGGGAGGGUGGACCUCUAACCAAUAUUAAAGUGGAGGAUGAAGAAGAGAAGUUCAGGGCCGAUCAGCAGUUCACGAGGGAAGUGAAGGAAGAAAUUCCAGGAGGUGUUACCCCAGAAAAUUCCAGUAUAAAUUCUGAGGGAAAUUUCAUGUUUUCCGUGAAUGAUAAAGGAGAAGAUGGAGAGAUCAUGGAGCGCUCCUCAGGAGAAGAUGGAGAGAUCAUGGAGCGCUCCUCAGGACAAGAUGGAGAGAUCAUGGAGCGCUCCUCAGGACAAGAUGGAGAGAUCAUGGAGCGCUCCUCAGGAGAAGAUGGAGAGAUCAUGGAGUGCUCCUCAGGACAAGAUGGAGAGAUCAUGGAGCGCUCCUCAGGAGAAGAUGGAGGGAUCAUGGAGCGCUCCUCAGGAGAAGAUGGAGAGAUCAUGGAGCGCUCCUCAGGAGAAGACCUUCUUACCCCUAAUGUCCAUCCAGAUCUAUCAUAUAAUAAUCCCCCUGAUCAUGGGGAACCUUCUCCUCACCGACCACACAUUCUUACCACAUGGACAGGUCUGAAAGUGGGGGGAAAGUUUCAUUGUGAUGAAUGUGGGAAACAUUUAACAAGAAAAUCAGAUCUUGUUACACACAGGAGAAGACACGCAAGAAAGAAGUUGUUUUCGUGUUCAGAAUGUGGGAAAUGUUUUACAGAUAAAUCAAACCUUGUUAUACAUGAGAGAAUUCACACUGGAGAGAAGCCGUAUUCAUGUUCAGAAUGUGGGAAAUGUUUUAUUACUAAAGGCAAACUUAAGGAUCAUCAGAAAACUCACACAGGAGAGAAGCCUUUUUCAUGUUCUGAAUGUGGGAAAUGUUUUAGAAGUAAGUCACAUCUUGUUCUACACGAGAGAAGUCACACAGGAGAGAAGCCGUAUUCAUGUUCAGAAUGUUUGAAAUGUUUUACAAAUAAAUCACAUCUUCUUAGACAUGAGAGAAUUCACACAGGAGAGAAACCGUAUUCAUGUUCACAAUGUAGAAAAUGCUUCAUAAAUAAAUCUGAGCUAGUUAUACAUGCGAGAAGUCACACAGGAGAAAAGCCGUAUUCAUGUUCAGAAUGUGGGCAAUGCUUUACAAAUAAUUCAUAUCUUGCUAUACAUAAGAGAAUUCACACAGGAGAUAAGCCAUAUUUGUGUUCAGAAUGUGGGAAACGUUUCUUAAGCAAAUCCCAUCUUGUUAAACAUGUGAGAAGUCACAUAGAAAAUAAGCCAUAUUCCUGUUCAGAAUGUGGGCAGUGUUUUACAAAUAAAUUACAUCUUGUUAAGCAUGCAAGAAGUCACCUGGGAGAGAAGCCUUAUCCAUGUUCAGAAUGUGGGAAAUGUUUUGUAAAGAGAUCAGAUCUUGUUAAACAUGAGAGAAGUCACACAGGAGAAAAGCCGCAUUCAUGUUUGGAAUGUGGGAAAUCAUUUACACAAAAAUCACAUCUUGUAAUACAUGAGAGAAUUCACACAGGAGAGAAGCCGUAUUCAUGUUCAGAAUGUGGGAAAUGUUUUACAGAUAAAUCAAAUCUUAUUUUGCAUGAGAGAAGUCACACAGGAGUAAAGCCAUAUACCUGUUCAGAAUGUGGCAAAUGUUUUAGAGAUAAAUCCAAUCUUGUUGCCCAUCAGAGAAUUCAUACAGGAGAGAAGCCGUAUUUCUGUUCAGAAUGUGGAAAACGUUUCUCAAGCAAAUCAGAUCUGGUUAAACAUGAGAGAAGUCAUACGGGAGAGAAGCCGUAUUCAUGUCUUGAAUGUGGUAAAUGUUUUACACGGGGAUCGCGACUUGUUAUACACGGGAGAACCCACACAGGAGAGAAGCCGUAUUCGUGUUCAGAAUGUGGGAAAUGUUUUACCAAUAAAUCGGAUCUCGUUAGACAUGAGAGAAGUCACACAGGGAAGAAACCGUAUUUGUGCUCAGAAUGUGGGAAAUGUUUUUCGGAUAAAUCCUAUCUUGUUAGGCAUGAAAAAAUCCAUACUGGGGAGAAACCAUUUUGAUGAUGUAGGAAAAGUAAAUUCCUCUUCACGGCACCGUUUUUGGGGGGAAUGUCAUUGAUUGAUACCACCUCCGUGUAACUAUAGCAGAUGCUGCAUUGUUGCAUUAUUUACACCUAGACUGCCAUGUUACCUGUGUCAAAAAUAAAAUUUUUGUAUCA